UUGGCCGCUUGCCGUCAGCUUUCCCCGCGAUUCACCUGCUGCUGCGGCUGUGACCACGGUGCCGCCGUAACGAGAUGGGAGUAGUCGCGUUACCAGUCACCGGCCACAGGUCUCCGUGGAGUUGAAGAAGCAGCGACAAGAGAUACCGUACAGAAGACGUAGUCCCGAUGGUCAGUCAGACUUCGAGAGAGCGGACAAUUAGAGUGAGGUUCAGUAACGGACAAACAGACUGACGGAGCGUGAACUACACGACAAUCCGGUACCGGUAUCAAAAGCCAAAAAGUACGAAAAAUAUUUACUAUUGAUUGUUGAUAUAUUUUUUUUUGAUCAUCUAGAGUUGAUUGAAAGUCACCGGGUCGCUUUUAUACUGUUUUGUUAUUGUUUCAUAUUGUAUAAUAGUAUUGUUGUACUUCCGGUCCGUGUGUUCUUCCGUUUGUACUAGUGACUUACAAUAAGUGACCUGUGAUUUGUUCAAGUCCAUCGUCCGCAUGUUGCCACCAAGAUUGUGCUCCUUACUGUCACGGAAUCUUCCUAGGUAAUGAAAUCACCGAUUGCCUGACAGCAAAAGGGCCCAACAAAAAUGUGGACCACAUAUGUAAAUCCAGGACGAAGAAUUUCUACGUCAUUUGAAUGUCUUGUCUACUCAAUAUUAGUAAUAAUGGAUUUGGUGAUGGGUGGAAGCGACCUUUGGCCCUUGGAACGCCCAGAGGGCAUGCCUUCGAUUCAGUCGUUGGAAGUGAUGUGUGGCAAAGACCACAUGGAUGUUCAUUUGACCUUCUCGCAGCCUUUCGAAGGAAUAGUCUCCUCCAAAGGCCAGCAUGGCGAUCCAAGAUGCGUCUAUGUACCUCCAUCAACUGGACAAACAUUCUUCUCCUUUAGGAUAGCUUACUCUAGGUGUGGUACCAAGCCAGACUUGAACGGACAAUUUUACGAAAACACCGUCGUUGUGCAGUACGAUAAAGACCUUUUGGAGGUAUGGGACGAGGCAAAACGGCUAAGGUGUGAAUGGUUUAAUGAUUAUGAAAAGACUGCAUCUAAACCACCCAUGGUCAUUGCAGAUUUAGACGUGAUUCAGCUGGACUUUAGAGGUGAUAAUGUGGAUUGUUGGAUGGAAAUCCAGCAUGGAAAAGGACCAUGGGCACCUCCUGUUAGUGGCAUUGUCCCUCUGGGGUCUACACUCACUUUGGUUGUUGCAAUAAAUGACUACAGAGGUGAGUUUGACAUGCGGGUCAAGUCGUGCAUAGCGUCGGAUGGUGCAGGUCAUGUGAUCCAGCUAUCAGACGAAUUCGGGUGCGUCCUUCGCCCCAAGAUGAUUUCCAGAUUCUUGAAGGCUCGCGGAGCGGACGACAGAGCCUCAGUUAUAACUUAUGCAUUUUUUCACGCUUUCAAAUUCCCAGACGCUCUUAGUGUCCAUAUAAAGUGCAAAGUUGAAAUAUGCCGACACGGAUGUCUCGAACACUGCCAAUUACAACAACAGCAACAAGCACAUCAAACAGGUGGCCCAGAAUUGAAUUUAGACCUGUAUGAUUCGGUAGAUCGUAAAGAUGUGACUGAGAAAAAGCACGUUUAUACUUUGGGAUCCAGACCAUACCCUGACGCCGUUGAUGAUAACGAUAGCUCUGACGAUUACGACGAUAUCGUGCAAGAGGGUGAAGGGGGAGCCGCUAUCGAGGCUGAUUUUCCACCGGACAAGGGUCAGCUCAAUUCUGGCGAAGACAUCAAAUCUACCAACGACAUGGAGUCGAUCGAAGACGAAGAAAAUGAGACAACUGAUUCGAAAAAGGAUCCGCCGGAAAAGAGCCCGUUUGUUUUGUCCCAUGAGACCUUCCCGUAUGGACCUCGUCAGCUGAAAGAAGACAACGUUCAAGUGAUUCCCGCCCAUAUCAAAAAAUUAUCCGAUAAGGGACUGGUUGCAGAGCCUCGCAGCAUAUCAAUGGCCGAAAAUCACGAUCAAAACAAAACCUCAUCAUCCAAUCAAUUCCAUAAUAAUACAUCCGACAGUCCGAUUCCAGAAAGACUUAAAAGAAGAAAACGGACCAUCGUGGUAUCAAAUCGAAAAACCCGAAGUGCAAGCGUAGGUGUGAGCGGAUUGUACGAGGUAAUCUCCGAGGCCGACUUGGCCUUCAGUCCAGAUACAAGAGCAGAGGCUGUAACAGUAUUCCAAGGAAGAAUCAGGGAAGAAGUCGUUUAUGGAAUAUGUAUGCCGAUGCCUGGAUUCAGUCUGCUGUUCGUCCUGGUUGCUGUUUCAGCUGUUGUGUCAGCUCUAGUAGCUGGAUCGUUGCUCUACAGAUAUCAACUUCAGAAAGAACGAAUGGUCAACGCCGAAACUCAUAAUACUGCGUUGGCCAUGAGCACGUUUGCCAAUUGGGUUCGACUCAAACUCCCGAAGGGUCGAUACAACGAGAGCAACAGUAACCAUCAGCAUUGUAAUGGUAGCGCCGAAGGAUCUAUGGUCUGCUCCGCCGAUUCGUCGUCAAUAAGUUCGAACAGGGAGGCGCGUGACCAUUAACAAUUUAUGAAAACGAUAAACGCAAGAACGAACUGCGAACAGUGUAUAUAAAUGGUGUUGAAUUGUUGUGAACAAUCGGUGACCGUAAUAGAUUCACUUUGACAUGUGGUACUUCAGUAUAGAAUUUAUUUUCUAGUCGCAAAAUGUCUAUAAAUAAUUCAUUCGCCAAGUCACCACAACCUUAUAAUGGUAGUAAUAUCUAAUAAUACUUCCACUGGACCAAAACAAGCGCAAAAGUGUCCAUUUAAAUUUUUUAUUCAAAUUGUCGUAAUGGAUAGGCAGAUUCAAUAACAAUAAUAGUAAAAUUAGUCCAAUAAUAAACUCAACAGUAAAAUAUUUACUAAGUAGUGCUGGAACACCGAUCGAAGUCGACAAAUCUCAUAAAUAAAUAGUUAGCACUUGAUUCGAUACCAAUCUAAAGUUAGCACUUCUUAGAAUCUCAACGCGCUUUCAAUUUAAAUUAUUAAAAAACUUUUUAGUAACUAUUUAAUACCAGAUUUGGUAUAUGGGUUUUAGCAUUUUUUGAAAUUUAUUCAAGUCUGUAGCAAUCAGCACAAAACUCUAUAUGAAGUUAUCAUGUGUGCUAAAAUUAGUUGAUUCAUAAACCCUAUUGUGUAACUACUAACUCAAGAGCGCAGGUACUAAAAAGGCACUUCGAUCGGAAGUGAAUGGCACCAAGCUAACUUUAGGACGUGUUAAUAUUUUAGUUAAUUUUGAUGCUGUUUGAUAUUCCACCCCUAUGAAAUUAAUUAAAAUUUCGUCCUAAUUACAUAACAAAUCGUUAAAACGAUAUUUUUCUCUUACGCUUUUCUCCAUUUGUGUUUCAUGUUUCCAGUAUUUACAUAAUUUAGUAUAAUUAUUAAACAUAACAGAGCUUACUAUUCCCGAUAAUCUUAUUAUACAUAGAUAUAUACUAAUUAGCUAGUUGUAUUUAAUUAUUUUUAUUUUCACCUUAAUUGUUUAUUUAUUUCAUGAGUGUAAAUAUAGUCUAAAUAUGCUCAAUUUAGUUAAUUAAAUUACAUAUUUUUGAGUAUCAAAUAAAAUAUUUAUAUUUUUUGCUCACACAGAUUCAAUCGUCUCGUUUAUCUGCGUUUCGUGUGUGAGAUGUAUAUUGAUUAGAUAUGCAAAUAUGGUAUAGCUAACCACAAGAAUAACAGGAGAAGAACAAAUUACUUACAGGUAUGCAUUUGUGAUUGUUCUUCCUAUAAAUCAUAUUUACCUCAUAAUCUUAUUAUUCGUUUCGUUACUGAGAUGGAAAAAACAAUUACAAAAAUAGUGCAAUACGACCCUGUGUAAUCGAACAUUAGAUUAAGUCAUAAAAUCUGCAUAAAUUGUAAUAUAUUUCACGGUUAAAUUGCAUACUAGCUGGAUAGAAUAGAAAAAACGAUCUUUCUAUUUAAAACGAAGUAUAAAAUCCGGUUGCUUUACAAACUUUUCCAAAAUAACCAACACAUUUUGAUUUUAAGAAAUAUUUUAACGAACCCUUGCAAUCCAGUAUUAAAAAAAAAGAUUUGCAGUUAAUUUAAUACUAUUCUGAUAAUUUAAAAACGAUUAGCCAAGCAACCAUUUUAACCGUGAUGUAUAUUUAAUCACAAGAAUGAAAUAAAAGUUUAGAGUUAAUUUUUAAUUAAUACAUAAUUUAGUUUACUGAAUACAUGAUAUGUGUAUGUAAAAUUAUUAUUGUGUGCUACGGUAUCUUCUUCCAAAAAGAAUGGAAACUUAAUAGAGUAAAUGUAGUAGUUAAAGAAUAAGUUUAAUCAAAGAUAGAAAUAUUUAUAUAAAGACUACCUAUAUAAACGUGUACAGUAUUAAAAUUUAAGUUUAAGUUGCAGUUGUUGAAGUAAUAUUUAAUUAAUUAAUUGCUGUUCAAUUAAAGGUAAUUGUUUCUUGACAAAUGUCGACAGCGAGUGCGCAAGAACGGUUUUUGAUACGUGAAUUAGGCUAGACUUUUUUCAAUUCACAUCUUAUACCUAAGUAAGGUUCAGAUCCGCAAAUAAAAUGCGCCAUUUGUUGUCGAUAUUCUUAACGCACAAUCUUUUAAACAGAAAACAACGGAUUUUUAUGAGUAAAAAGGAGAAAGAAUUCUCUAAUGGUAUAGUUUCAGAAGAACUAGAGCCAUUAAAUUCUUUUCGUGUUCUUGAAUUUCAAACCAACUGUUAGAUACUGCUAUUCCAUUAUUGUAAUGUGUAUAUAGUCAAGCCAAUGGUACUGUUAUAAUGCAUAAAUACCUACAUUCGUUGUUACUAGAAACCAUCUACAUUAUUCUACCCUUAUACGAAUUCCUUAAAUGUUUCUUUAAAUUUUUGAAAGGAAAUUAAAUUAAAAAAUAUUGUAAUUGUUGACAUAACUUUUCUUUACAAUUACGAUUAAUUCUAUACUUAAUAUCUGUUGAAGGACCACCUAAUGAUUUUUAUUUUUAAUUGCAAAUUACAGUUGAAACAAGUAUUGUGCUAAAAUUUAAUAAUAAAUUAUAACGUGCAUUUUAUCUUAAUAUUGCCCUUUGCCACAUCGUUUUAAUUACGAAUUUUUAAAUAGUGAUUUGGUUUGGUUUCAUCAACUUAUUAAAUUACAAUUUAUUUUCAGUGUAAAAAAAAAUAAUGCA